AUGGCCGAAGCGCGGCCGAGCGUUUACGAACGUAUGGCUGGCGGGAAGAGCGGGGCGCGGGGAGGAACUAAAAUAAAAUCAUACGCCAAAACUGUGAGCACAGGAAAUCUAAGCAGACAUUUGCGAGAUUCUCAUGAUAUUCGAGAGGAUAGCUCUAAAAUAGCUUCAAAAAAUAUCACACAGUUUUUUAACUUACAACCGCGACCAAAGGCAACUACAAGUAGAAGUAGUACAUCAAAAGCAAAAAAGACGAAUGCAUGGUUACUUGCUCGAGAUAUGGUUCUCUGGUUUUGUAAGUCUCUGAUGCCGUUCGAUUCGAUAUCUGAUCAAGCUAUGAAGGAUUUUUUUCAAAAAUAUGACAUCAUUGAGUCUGAUGCAGACAUGCCUUAUAGAGACACGGUGUCUCGCACUGCUCUUGAUGACGUUUAUGAAAGCAUGCUGAAUGAUGUCAAAUCUCAAAUACGAGCAGAUGCGCCUCGACAUGCAGCUAUCACAUUUGAUCUAUGGUCUGAUCAAUAUCGACACCUGAACUACAUAACAUUUACAUUUCACUACUUAACAGCUGGUAAGUCAUAA